AUGGAAUCUCGUGAUUUGUUACCUUCUUCUUCCCCCUCCACCAACAACCGCGACGCUCCUUCCGCCGCCGCCGAAGUUGACGACGGCCUUUUCGCUCUCGCCAAAGACGCUGCUAUGCAUUAUCAAUCUGGCAAGUUUGGUGAAUGUGUCGAGGUCAUGAAUCAGCUCUUGCAAAAGAAGCCUAACGAUCCGAAGGUCCUUCAUAAUAUAGCAAUUGCAGAAUUCUUUCGAGAUGGUUGUUCAGAUCCCAAAAAGUUGCUUGAAGUAAUUUACAGCAUCAAGUUCAUUCAGAGAAAAUACGACGAGCUUACCCUGACUUCUGGGGAUCAAGGAGAGCCAGUUAACAACGUCGCAAAUAAAGUUGCUUUUGGAUCCAAAGGAAGCAAUAACACUGACACGAUGCAUCCAGAUGAAUUUGAAUCUACUGCCGCAGCACUAAAUAUCGCCAUCAUCUGGUUUCAUCUUCAUGACUAUGCAAAGACGGUAUCAGUUUUGGAACCCCUAUUUCAAAGGAUUGACCCCAUAACGGACUCAACAGCUCUACAUAUUUGCCUCCUGCUGCUUGAUGCUAGCCUUGCUUGCCAUGAUGCAUCAAAAUCAGCUGAUGUGUUGACUUAUCUGGAGAAGCUAUUUAGUGGUGGUACUGCGAGUCAAGGCGACUAUGGGAAUACAGCACAGCAACAAUCUGCAAAUCUAACCUCUAAAACGUUGUCUGAAGAUGGGCUUGAUUAUGAAGCCAUGAUUUUGGAUAUGGGUGGACAAAAUUUAACUAGGCCAACAGGCCCGUCUUCAAAUGUUCUUUCUAGAGCUUUGGUUGACAGGAACCUGAAGAUAGCAAAAAGAGAAGUCAAGCUGGCUAUGAACAUUGCACGUGGACGAGAUUCAUCCAGGGCUCUGCUUUUGAAAUCUCAGCUUGAAUAUGCUCGUGGUAACCACCGCAAGGCCAUAAAGCUAUUGAUGGCAUCAAGUAAUAAUAGGACGGACACAGAAUUUUCAAGCUUAUUUAACAACAAUCUUGGGUGCAUUUAUUAUCAGCUUGGGAAAUACCAGACGUCCUCAAUUUUCUUCUCAAAAGCAUUAACUAAUUGUUCGUCCUUGAGAAAGGAGCAGCAGAUAAAGCUGACCACUUUCUCGCAGGAUAUUUCUCUCCUUAUAAUUUAUAAUUGUGGUAUGCAGCACUUGGCUUGUGGAAAGCCAAUACUUGCAGCUCGGUGUUUUCAGAAGGCAAGCGUAGUCUUCUACAAACAGCCUCUCUUGUGGCUCCGACUCUCAGAAUGCUGUCUGAUGGCUUUAGAAAAGGGCCUGAUCAAAUCAUGUCGGGUUCCUUCAGAGAAGUUGGAGGUUGGAGCUUGUGUUGUUGGGUUGGAAAAAUGGAGGCAACUUGUUGUGAAAGAUCAAAUUCCAGGUAAUGGGCACUUGGAAUCAUCCAGAGGGAAUGAACGUUGUCCAAGUGAAGAUGGGUGUCUGAAGUUAUCCAUGUCCCUUGCUCGACAGUGUCUCUUGAAUGCUCUUCACUUGCUGGACUCGUACAGUACAAAUCGUUUGAAAUCUGGUUUGCCCUCUAAUUCUUCUGUGGAGAACGAUACAAGUGAAGUGUUGCCUUCAAAGAAUUCAAGUCGUAAAAACUCGCAUGUAAUUGAUUCAAAGGCAUUUUCAGGAGCAAUAGGUUUAGGUCAGGUAAAUUCUAAUGGGGACACAAAAGAACAGAAGGGAGGAGCUAGUCAGGAACUCUUUCAGAACUCCCUAUCGUAUUAUGAAGAUGUCUGUAGAAGAGAUAAUCAAUUGGUUAAGCAAGCUGUUCUUGCUAAUUUAGCUUAUGUGGAGCUAGAAUUGGACAAUCCCGUAAAGGCACUAGCAGCUGCAAAAUCUCUCUUUGAACUUCCAGAAUGUUCCAGAAUUUACCUUUUUUUAGGCCAUGUUUAUGCGGCAGAGGCUCUUUGCUUACUGAACAGACCAAAGGAAGCUGCUGAGUACUUAUCAUAUUAUUUGUCUGGAGGAAACAAUGUUGAAUUGCCAUUCAGCCAAGAGGACUGUGAGAAAUUGCAAGUAGAGAGGACUGUUGAAUUUGAAGAGGUAAAUGUUGGAUCCACUGCUGCCAAGAGUUCUCUUCAGGAUACGCAAAGUAUUGUUUUCCUCAAGCCUGAGGAGGCACAGGCAGCAAUUUAUGCAAACUUUGCUGUAAUGUCUGCAAUGCAAGGGGAAUUUGAGAAAGCCAGUAUGUUGGUUACCCAGGCAUUGUCCAUAUUGCCCAACAGUCCAGAAGCUACACUCACCGCAGUUUAUGUGGAUCUCUUGCUUGGUAAGCAACAGGAAGCUCUAGCCAAGCUAAAAAGUUGUAGCCGUAUUAGGUUCCUGCCCAGCGGAAUAACAUUAAAUAAAUCUUCAUGA